AAAAAAGCCUAAGUAGCAUUUUGGCCAGAAUUUCACUUUUAAUGAAAAUACAGCUGUUACCUUAAUCGAGCAAAAUAACCCUACAAUAAAACAAUACUUGAGUAAAUGUGCUUAGUUACAUGGCACACGUUGACAGUGUAACGUGAACCGAUACCAGCCGGCAGUGUCACCUGACACCUCAGGUACGUCGCCUGUAAGCCCCGCCCUCCUCAGUGUCAGGCUGCGGUCCACCCACCUGAAUGGGACAAAAGCAGGAAUAGACAUUCAUUCGGGGACAUUACCUGUGUGGUUAAAUCGGGGCGGGCGACUCACACUCAAAACGAAUUUGUUCACGAUGGAGGAGGGCUUCUUUAAAUCAGCCAUACCCGCGCAGGACUCCUUCCUGCUGGCCUCCUCCAGCCUGGCUCUGCCGGCCGAGCCGACGCCGGGAUCCGCGAGCAAGAUGAGCCCAGGGAACCGGAACCAGCGCGUCCUACAGCAGGUCCAGCUCACAAUGGCGAGGAAGACGAGGAGGACCUUGUCGAACGGAAGCAUCCAUUUACAGAAAAGCACCAUAAAGAGCUCCAACGCCACCGACGGACUCUCCCCGAACAUGAAGGUAAAUGGAGUGGGAUUCACCAACCAUUCCCUUUUAAACAAGCUUGUGCAGAAACCAUUCAGGAGGGUGGAGGUGUCUCCACCACAGAGCCCGGAGGCUCCUCACAGUCGCUUCAUUCACAGUACCCUCCGUCAUGGGACGUACACCCAUCCAGGACCCAGUCAGCCACACAGGGUGGGCACUAUGCUGGACCGCUCAUUUAGUUCUCAUUCUCGCCGCUACGCCUUCUCAGAUGAUACCCGCAACAUUCGUCCGCAAGUGUCCACAGCUGUGCUGCAGAGCUUCGGUCGGAGGUCGCUCAGACAGACGCCAAAGAAUGUGUUCGUGAACGCCGGUUUUCCAAGAAGUGGUGGCAGGAUUCAUCACCAAAUUGUUGGCAAGAAGGAGAAGCACACUGUGGAGGGACCAACUGGUGAUAUGACACUUGGUUCUGGACUGCCUGAUGAAGGUUUCUCAUGGAUGACUUUGCUCAGGAGGGACGGUCAGGGGCUCCACAGACUGAAAUCACAACCAGCCUCGGUCACCAGCGCAGAGGUGGACAUGGGAGGGCAGGAUGAGGUGGAUCUCCCAGUUCAGCGGAUACAGAAAGAGAAUGUCAAAAAACUGACGUCGGUGAACAAGCCUCCAGAGAUGACACUGGAGAGGGCCGUGAACGUGCUGACUGAGGAGAAUAAUGAGGAGACGCUCAUCUACGCAGCCAGCCUCAUACAGAGCCAAUGUUUCAAGAGUGUUGAUGCGAAAAGGAUUGUGUACUAUCUCCGUGGGAUCAGAAAACUUCUGCAGCUCCUCACCACUGACAAUGAGGAGGUGCAGCGCGUCGCUGCCGCCGCUCUGCGUAACGUCGUCUACCAGAGCGACGAAAACAAGAUGGAGGUGAAGGAGAACGACGGCCUGGCAACCAUCUUGGGUGCAUUGAAGAGCAGCCGUGAAGUGGCGACCAGACGAGAACUGACUGGUCUUUUGUGGAACCUCUCCUCUCAUGACCUUUUGAAGGAGCGCCUCUCUAGGGAGUCGUUAUCCAUCCUCACAAAGUCAGUCCUGGUGCCCAGCUCUGGCAUUUCUGAAGGCGAGAACCCAAAAGACGAGCUCCUCGCGGAUGCUGCCGCUUUCCACAAUGCUACCGGCUGCCUGAGAAAUCUGAGCUCUGCUGGUCCAGAUGGCAGGAGAGCAAUGAGGGAGUGUGAGAAUCUCAUCGACUCUCUGGUCUACUACAUCCGGGGAGCCAUAGCUGACUAUAAGACGGAUGACGAGUCCACAGAAAACUGCGUCUGCAUCCUGCACAACCUGUCUUAUCAGAUUGAGGCAGAGCUCCCGAAGAUGUACACCAAAGAUCUCAGAGAAUCUCGACUAAACUUGGCUCCCAAGCCGAAGGCUGUCGGCUGCUUUUCCUAUCGCAGUGCCCAGAUCACAGAGCAUCUGGAGCGACAGUGCCCCCUGCUGGAGGAGAAGGCGAACCCCCGUGGCAUAGAGUGGUUGUGGAGCGCCAUCACCAUCCGGAUGUACCUGUCACUGAUGGCCCGCAGUGUGCGUCAGUACACCCAGGAGGCCGCCAUCGGAGCCCUGCAGAACAUCACGGCCGGGAGAGGAGCGAUGAAUGAAGCCAUCACCUUCACUAUUGUUCAACGGGAAAAUGGCCUCCAGCAUGUGAAGAGGAUGUUAGUGGAGGGGGAGAGUAAUGUGAAGAGGACGGCCAUUGCUCUAAUAAGAAACCUCUCGCGCUACCAGGACCUGCACCCUGAUAUUGUGAAGCAGGUGUUGCCGGAGGUGGUGGCGAUGCUCCCCAAUGACGACACCGGCACCGACCUGCCCAACGAGGUGACGGCUUCCCUGUGCCACAUCCUGACCAACCUCAGCCAGAGCGACCGGCAGAACGUCAGAGCCAUCGUCAACGAGGGAGCGCUCCCAAAGAUCCUCAACAUCAGCAACAAGGACAACGGUCAUGGACCGAGCAGAGGGGGUCAGGCGGCGUGCGUCCUGCUGCACACCAUGUGGAAACACCCAGAACUGCAUGGCGGCUAUAAGAGGUGUGGGUACAGGAAAACAGAUUUCAUCAACGCGAGGACAACAAAGGCUGUGAACUCUGGAUGAGACCGAGAUGGAGAUCUCUGUUGAUGUUAUCUGUACUUGUGGCCCCCGAAUCGCUCAAUGCACUGUAAUUCACCCCCAGUGUCUCAGUUCAGUAACUGCUGGUUUCACAGAGGUAGAGUCCUUGGAUCUCACUGCUGCAGAUAAACAUCGUAAAUUGUGUCUACAUUUCCAUAAAAGGCCCCAUAAGAUGUCUUUAAACUUGUUUUUGUUUUUUCAUGUUAGUGCUGCCGUGGACAUUGUGAUGAAAUGAUACAGAUAAUGGACUAUAAACACACUGCUGCAUCACCCAACAUCACAGUUUUCAUUUCAUGGGGACCUUUAAAGCACUUUUAAGUUUUGUUGAAGUUCCUCCUUUCUAUACAUCUGAUGAUUCUGGCUAUCAGAUCUGAAACCUGCUGUCUCAUAAUCAGGAAAGCUGACAGAUGAAUGUAGAAAUGUCUCCUGAAGACUCUCCAGCAAAGAUAAUGAAUUCAAAUUAGAGCAUUUUUUUCAUGUUUGUGUAGUUUAUUUUUUUACUGAAGUGGCAGCUAAACAGUUCAGAAUGCUUGUUUGUGAUUUGUCAGGCGACACAGUAAUGAAACAAAGAACCACAAUGAAUUAUUCAAGUACUCACACAACAGAAAUUGUGAAGGAUUAAAAAAAAUCUGACCAACAGCUAUAUUUUUCACAAACCGAUGACCUUUUUUUUUUUUUUGCUGUCUUUCCUCACAUAAAUAAACAGUCUUGAAUGAA